AUAACCUAGUGUAUUCGUUGGCCUCUUAAUUGCUCGAGUAUUGUAAAAUGAGUGCGGGAACGGCUGCCGCUAGCAUUCCUCAACCUCGAAGUCCCUAACUCACACUUUGCUGACUCUUUAGCAACGGCGUCUCCUUCCUCUGAAUCCUCUCUCAGACUUUCUCUCGAUCCCAUCCCAAGUCCCGGCUGUUAACAUUUUGUUGGGCAUUAAUUAGGGGACUUAGUGCUUACGUUCUCGGUUGCAUCUUCUGACGAUUUGUGUGCUGAGGAGACAUUCCUGAUAGUUGUUAUUUAGGAAUUAUAUUUCUAAAAGAACUAACUGUGGAAUAAGGAUAAUUUUAGAACUUUUAUUUUUUUUGUGACGCCAAGAGAAAGCAAGUCCAAUUCCUGAAUAAUGGCUGAUCAAUUGGAAAGCAUGUACGAUGUGGGAUUGAAGCCUAUGAUGCUUCGCAGUCUGAUUAGACAAUAUGUUCUUGAUGAGAAGAAUCGUCCUCUCAAUUUCAAUAACAGCUGUUUUGAGCUGCCAAAGAUGGUUUACAUCCUCCAAACUCAAAGACUUUUGUCAGAAUCGGAUGUCCACUCCAUGGAUCAAAAGCUCACAAACAUCUGGAAAUCGGCCAUCGAUGAGUGGGUCAAUUGCUUGGAACUGCUACUCUCUAGCGACAUGUCAGAUAAAUGUUGGCUUGGAAUCUGUCUGCUUGGGGUUACUUGUCAAGAGUGCAGUAAUCAACGUUUUUUGUCUUCAUACUCUGUUUGGCUUGACAAGCUUCUAUCACAUAUUCAGCCUCCAGCAGAUUCUCAGCUUGUGAAGAUUGCUUCUUGUUCCUCACUAUCAGAUCUAUUGACAAGAUUGGCUAGAUUUCCAAAGAAAGAUGGGACCUUACAUACUGGGAAGCUUGUCCAACCUGUUUUGAAGCUCUUAAAUGAGGAUAGUGAGGAGGCAGUUUGGGAAGGGGCAUCUAGUUUAUUAUAUACCAUUAUAACCUUCUUUCCGGCUUCCAUGCGUCAUUAUUAUGAUAGGGUGGAAGCUGCUAUUGCUUCAAAAAUUCUUUCAGGGAAAUGCAAUACAAAAACAUUAAAGAAACUUGGUUAUUGCUUAGCAUUACUCCCAAAAUCAAAAGGAGACAAGGAUAGCUGGUCCUUAAUGAUGCAGAAAAUUUUGAUAUCAAUAAAUGAUUACCUCAAUGAAGCCUUCCAAGGUGUAGAAGAAGAAGCUAAAUCCAAUGAAGCUAGGAGAUUAUUGGUUCCUCCGGGAAGAGAGCUGCCAUCACCUUUCGGAGGUCAUACCUCGUUAGAAGGGGCCUCUUGUAAGGCAACAAGGAGUUCUGAGAGAUUGCCUACAUCAACUGUCUCUACUCUGAUGUUUUGCUGUUGUAAAAUGCUUACGAGUUCAUAUCCCGUUCAGGUAACUGCUCCAAUUCAGUCGAUGUUAGCUCUUGUUGAGAGGGUGCUGAUGGUUGAUGGUUCUUUGCCACACACCAUGUUGACCUUUGUGACUGCCAUGCAACAAGAGCUAAUUUGUUCAGAACUUCCAAUCUUGCAUGAGUACAGUUUGGAGCUUCUCAUUGCAAUUAUAAAGGGGAUGCGCAGUCAACUGUUACCACAUGCUGCAUACGUUGUUAGACUUGUUACGAGAUAUUUCAGGUGUGCUCUGCCUGAAAUGAGGAUAAAGCUUUAUUCAAUCACUAGAAUGUUGCUUAUAUCAAUGGGUGUUGGGAUGGCUAUAUAUCUUGCACCAGAUGCCAUUGACAAUGCAUUUAAGGAUCUAAAUUCUUGUAGUGCUGAAGAUGUUGAAACAUCCCCUUCAAACAUAAGAGCUUUGCCCCAUCCUAGCAAUAGGAAAAGAAAACAUGGUACUAGAACUGAAUCUCUUGAGGAGAUACAAGAUACAACUGGUUCAGAAGUGGAAGCAGCCAAUGCAAAUGAAAUAACACCAAUUACUGUAAAAAUAGCUGCACUUGACACUUUGGAAGUUCUUCUCAUGGUGGGUGGUGCUUCAAAAUCUGAGAGUUGGCGAUCAAGAAUUGAUAGUCUUUUGAUAAAGAUAGCAACAAAUUCUUGUAAAGGGGGAUGGGGGAGCGAGGAAAACAACAUUUUCCUGCCUUAUGAAUCAACCUCAAUAUGGGCAGAUUUCCAGCUCUCAUCAUUACGUGCACUCUUGGCAUCAUUCCUUGCACCAGCUCGUGUCCGCUCACCAUAUUUAUCCCAAGGUCUUGAGCUUUUCCGUAAAGGUAAGCAAGAAGCCGGAACAAAGCUCGCCGGAUUUUGUGCUUAUGCUCUGUUAGCACUGGAGGUGCUCAUACAUCCAAGGGCUCUUCCACUGGAUGAUUUCUACCGUGCUUAUCAUAACUCUACUGAUGGAGCUGGCUGCAGAUUCCAAGAAAAUUUGUACUCCAGUGGUCAGAAACAAAACGCCAUGUUUUUCGACGCCAUUCAGAGAACAGAAUACAGUGCUCUUGAGUCACAUGAUGAUGAUCUUUAUGACAGAUGGCUUCAAAAUGAAAAUGAAAGCAUCCCUGUUGACAACAUGAAGGAUAAAACAUCAGGACCUAACUUGGGAGGGAAACCUUGUGCAAAUGAGUCAUCGCUUACAAAUAUUUUAGAGCUAAGUGAACAAGAACCACCACCAGCAGCAACUAAUGCAGAUGUGCAGCAGCUAAUGGUUCAACCCGGGUCCCUUCAAGAAUCAAUUACAAAGUCUCCGGAAAUUAUUUCAUCAGCCAAAGGUGUCACAAGUCCUGCAGUUGGAAGAAAUCCUGAAGCCACUGAAAUGGAAUUUAAGAGGGUUGUUUCUGCUCGUGAUAAUGUUCAUGGAAGCACUUUGUCAACCUUAUCAAAUGCUGAGAAGGGUAAUGCAUCUGAUAACGUUCAUGAAAACACUUUUUCAACCUUAUCAAAAGCUGAGAAGGGUAAUGCAUCUGUGGCACAUUGGAAAAGUGACUCAUCUGACUCCUUUCCUGAUAUUGUUGAUGCUGACCCAGAUACUGAUUCUGACUAAGAAAUAGGGUGUGAAAGAAUAUAUAUUGGGAAUUUUGACCGCUCUGAGCAUUUUUGUACCAUGUUCUUAGUUCUUCUUGGUAAUUGAAAAUAAAAAUAAAAUUUUAAAAAAUAUAUGUUUACAAAUAUGAAAACAAAAAAAGUAGUUUUUAAUUAU